AUGUCCGAUGGGGGGCCAGCGUGCCUUUUUAUUAAAAAGCGACGAAAGGCAUCAACUCGUAUUAAGAAUGGUUGGUUGAUUCUUUAUAAAGUUCAAAGUGGACCAAAAGACCAGGGUGCAACUGCAACUUUAGAGGUGGAUACCGAAACAUCACAUGAUGCUCAGGCUCUCUUUCUCAAAGCAAAGGAAAUUAAUAAAGAACUGAAAUCUAACCAGGAUAAGAUUUACCGUGGGAUCAACAACUACGCGCAGUAUAUUGAAAAGAAGGAUACCGUAAUGGGCAAUGCUGCAAGUGGAUUCAACCGAAAAGGCCCCAUGCGUGCCCCGGCACACUUACGUGCUACGGUUCGAUGGGACUACCAGCCAGAUAUUUGCAAAGACUACAAAGAAACAGGAUUCUGUAGCUUUGGAGACAGCUGUAAAUUCUUGCAUGAUCGAUCUGACUAUAAGCACGGGUGGCAGUUGGAACAGGAGUUCGCGGAGGGAACCUAUGGAGUUGAAGGAAACGAUGACCGAUAUGAAAUCAAGUCGGAAGACGAAGCUGAUGACGAUGCACAUCUUCCACUCAAGUGCAUAAUUUGUCGUGGGGACUUCAAGGAUCCUGUUGUGACAUCGUACGUUCUGCGCAUAUAA